UAACAGCUUUUGUUCAUUCAUUUAAAUAGGAGGUCGGUUUUAAUUUCUUCAGUUCAGCCGGUUCAGAUCGACUAUUCACAUCACAACCAAAAUGUUUACUAACAAGUGUCGGUCAGGUCUUCUUGGCUUUGCAGUGUUAUGCGCUAUUUUGGGAAUUUCCUUGGGAGACACCGUUCCAGAACUUCCAACAACUUCGCCUUGGUAUGGUAAUGAGGAGAUUCGAAUAUUCCGUGAAUACUUAAGAUAUCCGACAGUUCAUCCAAACAUCAAUUAUGAGCCAUGCGUUGAAUUUUUGAAACGACAAGCGGCAGGUCUGGGCCUUCCAGUUUCUGUUGUCUAUCCUGUUAACGCACAAAAUCCAGUGGUUGUCAUUACAUGGCAAGGAUCCCAACCGGACCUUCCGUCAAUUAUGUUAAAUUCGCACACGGAUGUUGUACCAGUGUUUGAACAAUUUUGGACUCAUCCACCAUUCGCUGCUGAUGUAGACGAAACCGGACGAAUCUAUGCACGAGGUACACAAGAUACAAAAGGACUUGGAAUGAUACAUUUAGCCGCUAUUCGAGCACUCAAGCGAAACGGCGUACAAUUGAAACGUACUAUUCAUGUUACAUUUACCCCCGACGAGGAGCUUGGCGGUUUCAAUGGAAUGGCAGGUUUUGUGGCAAGUAAUGAAUUCAAGGCUUUGAAUGUCGGGUAUGCAUUGGACGAAGGUGGUGUUUCGCCAACAAAUACUAUCGGUGUAUUCUACGAUGAACGAUGUCCGUGGCAGAUUGAAUUUAUCUGCAAUGGACCGACCGGGCAUGCUUCACUCUUAUUCGAAGGUACGGCUGGUGAAAAGAUUACGUACUUGAUGGACAAGUUUAUGAAAAUGCGAAAAGAUGAAGUGAAGAAAUCGAAAAAAGGAGUCGCUGCUGGAAAAGUGACAUCAAUCAAUCUAACCGUGCUAAAAGGCGGUGUUCAGGCUAAUGUUGUACCGCCAGAACUCAGGGCCAUUUUCGACGUACGUCUAGGUGUUGAUGUAGACCACGCCGCUUUCGAAAGACAAAUUAACAAAUGGUGUAAAGAAGCGGGAGGUAACAUCACUAUAAAUUACUUGAUUAAAACUCCGAAAGCCCCGGCCUCGCGUACUGAUUCGACCAAUCCAAUGUGGGCUGUGAUUGAAACUACAGCCAAAGAAUUUAACAUAACAGUGGUUCCUUCCAUAUUAGUUGGUGCAACCGAUAUGAGAUUUUUGCGUAGAGAAAACAUUCCCGGAUUUGGUUUCUCACCAAUAAUAAAUACACCGCUCUUGGUUCACGAUAACAAUGAGUUCGUGACUGCGGAUGCAUAUUUAGCCGCCAUUAAUUUCUUUACGAAGGUGCUUACCAAUCUGGGCAAAAUUUAAUCACUAGCUGAUGCGUGCUGGAUUCUCACAUAUUUUUAUACAGAGAUGUUCUAGUAUGAUAGAAAUAUUGCGCAAAUAUAUGCAAUUGUUCAACUA